AUGGACCUGCGAAGCAGGGGCCAGCCGCCACCCUGGAGGACAGCCUCUCCCGCCCGCGGUCAUGCGCAGACCGGCCCCGCGCACGCCCCGCCCCCAGGCCGCCCGCCUCUUCCUGCCGCGCGCGCAGGUCCCCGCAAACCUGGAAGCGCCGUUAAGCGCGCCUCCUCCCCGGACCGCGGUGCUGGAGGGGACACCGGGGCUCGGGCCCCGGAUUCCGCCGACGGUGAACGUGCUCUCCCGGGAGGCCGCGCCCGGUGCCGCAGCGCUCCUGGGCUCGCGGGAGACGGCUCUGGGGAGAGGCCGGGCCGGAGCAGCGGGGACAGAAGCGGGACGAGUUCGGAGGCCGGGAGGCUGCGGGAGAGCAGGCGCAGGGAGAGGACGGGCGAGCCCGGGAAGGAGCAGGCGGUGGGGCCUCCGGGUGCAGGGACGGUUGACCUUCAGGGAUGUGGCCGUCAGAUCCCCCAAGAGGAGUGGGAAUGCCUGGACCCUGCUCAGCGGGCCUCGUACCGGGACGUGAUGCAGGAGAACUACAGGAACCUGGUGUCCCUGGGUAUUUCUUCUACACAUGUGAUCAAGAAUUUACAACCAAAGGAGAAUGGUAAUAAAGGAAUAUCCCAAACAGUGAUGUUGGGGAGACAUAUAAGCCAUGAAAUCAAAGAUUUGUAUGUUAGCGAAAUCCAGGAAAAUCCUGACAUUGAGUGUCACUGGAAGGAUGAUGAAAGAAUUUAUAAAGGAAUACAUAAAAAUCAUCUCCCUCUUAGAAGAGAUCAACCUAAAAAUGAAGGGAUGCAGGAAAGAAGCCUUUUGAAAAUCAGCCUGGGGUCACCUGUCAGGAUGAACUGUCUGUAUUUCAAACUGAAGGGGAAAUUCAUGAAUCUAAUGAAGUUAAGAUGUCUCUCAGCAGUAGUUCCUCAGUUUCACCAUGUCAAAGAAUUUCUCCUGCUAUCCAAACCAACAAUUCCAAAAAAUAUGGCAAUGAUGUUAUGCAUUCUUCAACAGAGACACAAGAGCAGACAGCACACAGGGGAAAACCUUGCAAAUGUCUAGACUGUGGCCAAACCUUUAACCAGGGCUCGCACCUGACUAGACAGAUAAUCCAUAUUGGAAACCAUAUAAAUGUGACAUAUGUGGGAAAGUCUUCAGUAAAAACUCUUACCUUGCAAAUCAUUGGAGAACUCAUACUGGGGAGAAACCAUACAAAUGUAAUCAGUGUGGCAGAGCCUUUAGUUUGAGUUCAAACCUAACUUCCCAGAGGCAAACCACACUGGAAAGAAAGCUUACAAAUGUUAUGAAUGCAACAAAGCUUUUUUCCAUAGUUCCAAACCUGUACAACAUCACAGAAUUCAUAGUGGGGAGAAACCACACAGAAGUAAUGAAGGCAGUAAACCUUUUUUCCAAAGUUCAAGCCUGGCUGACCAUCAAAGAAUUUGUAUUGGAGAGAAAUCAUACAAGUGUAAUGAGUAUGGCAAAGCCUUUAUUGUGAGUUCAAUCUUAACAAGUCAUCAGGUAAUCCAUAGUGGAAAUAAUCCUUACCAAUGUAAUGAAUGUGGUAAGCAUUUUAUUAAGCAUUCAUAACUUAGGAUUCAUGAGAGAAUUCAUACUGGAGAGAAGCCUUUUAAGUUUAAUGUGUGGCAAAGCCUUUCGCAAGCCUCAAACCUCACUACACAUAAGAUAAUCCAUACUGGAGAGAAACCAUAUAAAUGUGACAUAUGUGGGGAAGUCUUCAGUAAAAAGUCACACCUUUCAAAUCAUCGGAAAACUCAUACUUGGGAGAAACCAUAUAAAUGUAAUGAGUGUGGCAGAGCCUUUAAUUCUAGAUCAAAGCUAAGUAAGCAUAGGGUAGUUCAUAUUGGAGAGAGACUUUACAAGUGCCCUGAGUGUGGUAGAGCCUUUACUCAAGGUUCACACCUCACUAGACAUCAAAUAAUCCAUACUGGAGAGACUUUACAAAUGUAAUGAGUGUAGCAGAGCCUUUAGGUUGAGAUCAAGCCUAACUAUACAUCAGUUAAUCCAUACUGGAGAGAGACCUUACAAAUGUAAUGAGUGACAAAGCCUUCAGUCAAAACUCAAAACUUAAAAGUCACAGGAGAAUCCAUACUGGAGAGAAAUCUUUCAAAUGUUUGUGGCAAAGCCUUUAGUUUGAGAUCAACCCUAACUAAGCAUCAGGUAACCCGUACCGGAGAGAGACCAUACAAAAUGUAAUUGUGGCAGAGUGUUUAAGUUGAGAUCAACCCUAAGCAAGCAUCAGGUAAUCCGUACUCAAGGGAGACCUUACAAAUGUAACGAGUGUGGCAAAUUCUUCACUUGAAAGUCACAGAAGGAUUCAUACUGGAGAGAAACCUUUUAAAAGUAAUGAGUGUGGCAGAGCCUUCAGUCAGAAAUCAUACCUUGCAUGUUACUGGAGGAUUCAUACUGGAGAGAAACCUUGCAAAUGCCCGGAUUGUCGCAAAGCGUUUACUCAAGCCUCACACCUCACUGGACAUCAGAUUAUUCAUAUUGUAGAGAACCUUACAAAUGCCACUGAAUGUAACAAGGGUUUUAGUAUUGCCUUUAGGUCAGGCUUCACCAAAUACUUAAUUCUAUGCAGUUAAUAUGGGGAAGUUUUAAAUAACUGCUCAUUCUGGACGAGAUAAAUAUCCAGCUGCUCACCUCUGGAGCAUGAUGCCUGUACUACAUCUUGAGUGUGUAAUUUGCCUUAUUAAACUACUCUUUGUUUUUA